CCAGCAGUGGGACUCAAGGGCACGGCAGCCGAGCUGUGGGAAACAGUAGUAAUUUCAGCUGCUGGCUGCUGAACAGACUGAGCUGGAGAAGGCUGGAGAGGAGGGCACCGUUGCGUACAUGAGAGAGACUCAUGCACAGGAUGGUUCUGGCCUCCGUGAGGAUGCUCUGCCGCGGGGGCUUAGCUCCUAGCUGGAGGCUGGCAGCUGCCAGGAGAGCCCCGGACUGGCAGCCUCGCCGGGGUCACCGCCUCACCCCUGCAGAUGACGAGCUUUACCAGAAGACAACGCUGAAGGCGCUGGAGCGGGAAUCCUCCAGCAUGAUGUUCAUAGACAGCUACAGCAGCCGGGGCUUCACCAUCAAUGGGGACAAGGUGGUGGGGCCCUGCGCCAUCAUCCCACGUGCCAUCCUGCAGUGGAAUGUUGGCUCUUACCAGGACAUCACUGAGGAGAGCCUGGUACUGUUCCGGCUGCUGGAGCCAAGAAUAGAAAUCCUGGUGCUGGGCAUGGGGGACAAGGUGGAGCGGCUGGAGCCCGACGUCCUGAAGUUCAUGAGGGAAUGUGGAAUCGCUGUGGAGGUGCAGAACACGAGUUCGGAAUAGGAAUACAGCAACUGAGAGGCUAGACUGUUAAGGGAACACCCUGAUAAAGCUCCAAUAGGAUACAGAGAAAUAAGAUCCAACCCACUAACAGCAAGACCAGCUUAAGGAGAUCUGAAAAAACAGCAGCUGGCAAUAGUGAGCCUAGUUCAGGACAGCUUGUUUAAUACUGAAGCACAUUAUUUUAAACUGUCCAUUUUAAACCAAGUUUAACACCAAUGAUGUCAUCACUCUUGGGAAUCUGUAUUAAAAAGUUAUUCUUCAGUUCACAAGA